AUGUCUUAUCAGACUCCAUAUAAUAAUCAGCAGCGACACUACAGUACUUAUGGUGCUGCACCUCCACCGAAUUACGGUCGUCGGCAAACUGCUCCGCCUGGUGCUGGCGUUGAUCCAAUGUUGUACCAUUGGUUUCAGGCAAUUGAUACUGACAAGAGUGGGACCUUGACUACGGAGGAAUUACAAAGGGCUUUACUUAACGGUGACUGGAGUCCAUUCAAUAUGGAGACUGUGCGAUUGAUGAUGAAUAUGUUCGACACAGACAACGACGGAACAAUUACUUUUAAAGAAUUCACCGGACUUUGGAAAUAUAUAGAAGACUGGAAGCGUUGUUUUCAAACUUUUGAUGCCGAUAGUUCGGGAACAAUUGACUUUCAUGAACUAAAGACAGCACUGAAAACAUUUGGAUACAAUCUAAGUGACAGCUUUGUUGACUUGUUGAUUAAGAAAUAUGAUAAAUAUGGAAAGGGCAAUGUAACGUUUGAUAAUUUUGUGCAAUCGUGUGUGACAAUAAAGACGCUCACAGACGCGUUCAGACGGUUUGAUACCGAUAAUGAUGGCUGGAUUAUGAUUAGUUAUGAGGAGUUUUUGCGGCUAGUCGUUAAUAAUCGCUGA